UGUUGCAAGAAAACGCGCUCAAUGGACACCGACUAAGUAUUCGGCUGUUUUCAAGCAGUGGUAUACAAUUAUCAACAUUUAUAUCUGAUAGACUCAUAUCUAUUAUUAAACAUAUGAGGGAGAAAAUGGCACAUGUGAAGCACUAUUUUGAUUUAUGGCAUCUAAAAAAAAAAUUAACCAAAAUAAUGACAAAGCUUAGCAAAGAAAAAGGUUGUGAAGAAUUGAAAAAGUGGUCAAACCCUGUGGCAACCAUUUCUAUUGGAGUGCUUGUUCUACUUAUGAUGGUGAUGGCAAAGUUCAAAUCUUUCCUGAGUUACAUAGUAGACAAGCACACCAAUUUGGAUGAUCCACUGUUUUCAAGUUGUUUUCAUGGCCCUGAUAUUAAACCAAGGGAAUAUUUGUUAGAAGGUUCAGUUGCUCAUGAAAAGCUUUGUGCUAAAUUGUUACACCCACAGCUGAUGAAGUCAAUUCAACAGGCUUCACCAGUUGCUCAAACAAGUUGUUUGGAAGGAUUCCAUUCUGUCCUGAAUCAUUUUGCUCCAAAAAUGAUUCAUUAUUCCUAUGUUGGAAUGUAUUGCAGACACAUUUUGGCAUCCAUCCACUUCAACAACAACUUAAGGCGUGAUGUAAAGAUGAAGAAUGAUGGCAGUUCCCAAAUAAAUGUGGUGUAUCCAAAGUUUAAAAAGGUGAAGGAACUGUGAGGGAUGUCAGAGUUAAACCCAAAUUUGAGUAUGUGGAUGAAUUAUUUGAGAGUGUGAUGCUGUCAAUAAAAGACAAAGACGCAUUAUCAAAUUCACAAAAUCUUUUGAAAGAAAUGUCUCCACCACCAAUGAAUGUCAUGCUGCAAAAGCAAACCAGAUCUGAGGUGCUACUAAAACAGGUCCUUCGAAAAUGCAUUGUUGUCAAUGAUGUCCCCCCUCAAUUCCAGGUAAUUAAUAAUGAUUAUAUAACAUGUUGUAGCUAAACAUGGUUUGAAAAUCAUUUUAAAUAAUAAAAAUGUUUUUGUUUCAUGCCAGCAGCUACCAGUGUGCCAUUCAGCUGUCAGUCAAAUGUGGCAGUUUCAAAAGAAAAUAGUCAGCCAAAAUGUUUGACAUGCAAGAAGCCAAUGAAAGGUCACAAACAUGUGGCAGAUUGCCCAAAAAAUAGCAAAACUUAAUUUUCACUUCACUCAUUUAUUUCAUUUUCUUCGUACCCUCUAAAUUCCAACUUUUUAUCAUUAAAUUUUGAUCUUAUUGCAUGGUAUGCACAUGCUGGUAAUGGUCUUCUUUCUUCUCCUAAGCAUCCAUAAAUCAUAGAUGUGAAUUCUCUGUAUGCAACACAUCGUAAAAACCUGAAUAUAAAGCCAAAUCGUUACUAAUGUGUCAUAACACUAAAAUAUACUUAAAUACUGGGAAAUAACAUAAUAUGCUAUCAUA